AUGGCUGAUACAAUCAGCGAAUCUGAGGUACAUCAUCAUCCUGACGAUGGUCAACACCACCACCACCAUGCUCUCCAUCUUGCCAAACCUCGCGAUCGACAUGAUGAGGAAUAUCAGGAGGACAUCAGGAUCGCAAACCUCCUAGCCAAGGAGGUGGAGGAGUUGCCACGAGAAUACUUCACCAGCAUUCCCUUGGUCGGCACCAUGGUCUCAAUGUCUCUGACCGUGGUCUCGUCGUAUUUUGGCUUUGCCGUUCCAGCGUCGGUCCUGACAUUCAUCAAUCUAGACAUCGGCCCGAGCAAUGACAUGAGCCUCUUUUCCAUCGUAUGGACAUUAUGCAACGCCAUCAGUUUGUUGAUCACAGGACGUGUUUCGGAUAAGUUUGGAAGACGUAAUUUUGUGCUCGGUGCUGGAGCACUCGCGAUAAUCGGAGGGAUCGUGGCCUGCACGGCAAAGAAUAUGAACACCCUGAUCGGGGCGAACGUUAUCAUUGGUCUCGCAUCUGGGGUUCAUUCUUCGCAGAGCCUCUUUACUGGAGAGCUGUUACCUCACCGAUAUAAGUUUCUGGCCGUGUUCAUGAUGCUGAUCCCCAUGGUCAUAUCCACCGGAUUGGCAGCUUAUAUCGCUCGUGCGCUUGUCGAGACAAGAAGCUGGCGGUGGAUCUACUAUAUUUACCUUAUCUUGGUUGGCGAAUACGAUCUUCUGACCUCCUCUCGCACAGGCUCCGGUUGGAUUAUCCAGAUCCUGGUCUACCACCCCCCGACCUUUGAUCAACUCCACGGUGGUCAUCGCUCUCGACGGCGAGAAUUCAAGCGCAUGGACCAUUUUGGUCUCUUUCUGCUCGUUGCGGGCCUCACUCUAUUCAUCCUCGGAGUUUCCUGGGGCGGCAACCCUCAGCCGUGGACAUCAGGGCGCAUCCUCGGCCUACUAAUUACUGGAGGGGUCACACUCAUCAUUUUCGUCAUAUACGAGGUAUAUACACCGAGCCCCAACCCGAUUGUCGACAUGACCCUGUUCAAAGAUAUACGAGGCUACGUUUGUCUGAACAUUGUCUCCAUGGCCGCGGGAGCCAUGUACAUCGCCCUGAAUGUCAUUUGGCCUCAACGUAAGUGGACAACAUCUCUGCAAUCACACUGGCAAAUAAGAGCAAGGUCACUGGCUAACCUCAAGACUUUUCGGGUCUAUUUUACAGAGGUCGUCCUGGUCUAUGGCUCUGAGAAUCGAGACUGGCAGACUUCGGCUUGGAUGAGUACAGCAAUAGGAUGGGGAAUCUGGGGUGGAAUUAUGAUUCUAUUUCCCUUGGUGUCCGUCAUUAAGCAUCUGCGCCGCCAGGUCUUGGUACUUCUCAUAUUCAGCCUCGCCUUUACCGCCGCCCUUUCUCAGGUCAACCGCUCUCAGAAGAGCCAGGCUAUUGCGUUCGCAUUUCUCACCGCAUUCCCGAUAGGAUGGCUGGAAACAGGUACGACAAUCAUGGUCCAGCUUGAUGCUCAGGACGCAGAUGUUGGCAUGGUCUAUGCUGUGCUCUCCGGUCUACGGUCGAUUUCAGGCGCCGUCUUCACGGCCGUCUUCGUGGCGAUCCUCAAUUCCAAAGCCACCGCCAAGGUCGGUGCAUAUGUGACUCGCGCCGCUCUUCAGGCCGGUCUCCCCCAGUCCUCGCUCGUGCAACUCUUUCAGGCGAUCCAGACUCAGUCCGCCGAAGCACUGGCCAGCGUCCCGGGAAUCACCACAGAGAUACAAGUUGCUGUCGCUCGUGCUGCCGAGGAUGCUUAUGCCGACGCAUUUGCCUACGUCUACUACGCCGCCCUGGCUGUCGGUGGCGUGGCCGUUCUCGCGGCGCUGUAUAUGAAGGACUACGACCGCUAUAUGACAGGUCACACACCUAAGCAGAUUUAUGGCCGAGGGGGGGUCGGGCCCGAGUUGAGGGUCAACGUGGAAAAGAAGGAUAUCGGGGAAGAUGUGAAGACGCAUCACGUCGCAUCACAUGAAGAGGAAAGUGUGCGCCCAUCUGAGAGAAUUCGGAAUCGUCUGUCCCAACGCCACUUUCGGGAGCGCAAGUCUCUGUACAUCAAGAGCCUCGAGAAAGCAUCCAAGGCGAGCACUCAGACGGAAAGCGCACGGAACAAGGCCCUGUCAAAGGAGCUCGCAGAUCUGCGAACGGCCACGUUGAAGAUGCGGGCGCAGAUUUUGAAGCUGUCAUGUUCGCUGCACGCCGUGGGCACCGAGGUUGGCAAGAUCCUUCACGUCAAGGGGCUGGAAGACUCGGGCUCUACUCCAGGGCUCCAAGACACCAAUCCCAUGUCGUCGCCAUUGAGUAAUCUAGCCUACGAAGAAGAAAGCUCCAGUCCCGGAGGCUUGAACCCUGGCAACCUCUCGGACGAGUAUGCAGAGUAUCCAGAAUUAACCGAGCUGAACCUGCAACCCCACCACACAGAGCAUGACAACGAGCGUUUAUCUCGGUCUGAAGCUUCCCAGAGAACAGACACAGGGCAUGAAACUCGCCCACCAGACGAAACGUCAAACGACAACGUUCCAGUAUUGAACCCUUCUCCAAGCUCGGCAGAUGACCUGCAGCCCGAAACCGGGACACACCAAGGGGAACAACACCCUUCUCAUCACUUUGUCAAUCAUAACGGAAGUCUUCCCAAUGCAACAGUGCAGGCGGCAAGCCCCGAGUGGGGUUUUGGUGACCCUAACAGCCUUGAAUUCUACUCACAACCCAUGGGACCUAUGGGAUUCCAAGUCUAUGGCACGACCUUUGCCUCACCACGCGCAGCGACAAGGAUGACAUCUCCUGCCGCUGUUGGCGCCAGUGCCACGGCAAGUUUUGACACUGCUCAGCAGGUUGCCGGCCAGACAUUGCAUACCCAUACCGCUGCACCGGGUCACCCAGACCUCACCGUCCAUCAGAGAGCAUCGCUGCAGCAAGCAGGACAGCACCAGGAGCAUCAGCACCAGCAUCAGCAGCAUGGUCCUGAUCCGCUCCUCCAAAGUGUUCCUGGGCAGACCAACCUCAGCCUUCCUGCUGGCCACUUCCCACCGUGGUUUGGCGGGGAUUUAUCCCCAAACAAUCCUUCCUCUGCGUUUGCGAGACAUAUGGAGACUCUAGAGCUCCAAGUCCGCUGCCGGAUUGAUGCUGCCCCAGAUGGAUCAAGCAGGGAAAAGUAA